UGACUUUGUAGGUUGGAAUAUGCGUAUUGCAGUUUGUAUCAUGAGUAGCUACCCCUUAUCAACUGAACUAUUUGAAUGGCUUGCUAUUAUUUUGAUAAAAAUGGAUUACAACAUAAAGUGUAUUGCGCCUAGAUAUUCAGGGGGCAGCACUAUUGCUUGUGGUAUCAAGAUUAUGCUCUACUAUACUUAGCUGUUUUUUACUUCUCGCAGUACCAUCUUGGUAUUGAUUUGAAUAACAUUUACUUAUCUGAUAAAAAAAGCAUCAACAUUAUGCUCAGCAUCUACUUAUUAUAUUACUUAUAUUGCCAAGCAGUCAACUUUAUGGUCGGGAAAAUAUGCAUGAAUUUUUUUGCUGAAUCCAUUAUUGACGGAUGAGUCUCGACUUCAGUGAUAAAUACUUAAAAUACAAAAAAAUUCAUAGUUUUCCUUUUAAAUAACAUUUUUUCCUGGAAGGAUGCCGGGAAAAGUUCUCUGAGGGUUUUGCUUAAACCUAAUACCAGCCCGAUUAGCUUUUUAGAUUUAUCGGGGAAAAAAGGAUGCCUGGAGUAUUCUUUAGUCCGUGUCUGUCCGCCUCCACCUUUCUUAGUUCCUUUCACUCAUUUGUGACUGGUGUAAUUUCCUCAUGCACAAAGUUGCCAAAGAAAAGAUUACUUUGUUAAAAAGAUCAGCUAGUUCCUGAAGAAGUGCAGAUGCAUAUAUGCAUCCUGCAAUGAAUAGAUGUUUAGCAGAAGUUUUCAGUGUCGGCAGUGAUACACAUUGAUAGGGGAACUUUCGUUACCUAUUGUGUCAUCUUCGAAUCACUUUGAAAUUAUCCAGUCAGAAUUUUCUCUAGUAAACUUUUUGUUGGGUUAUUGAUCAUGGUCACAGGGAGGUUAAAAGCCUAGCAAGCUCUUGACCAUUAGUGAAGAAUGACAUAAGCAUUUAAUAGCUCAUUUGUUUCUUCCUGGUGACAUAACGAGUAUCGGUGGUGAUUCAUUGUCCCCUUUUUGCUGCAUAGGAUGAGUAGGAAGGCACCAUUGCCCAUACCCAUUUUCUAACUUUGAAUUGCUUAUUUAUAGAUAAGCUAAUGACUGGUGACUUCCUCCUACCUUGAACAGCUCAGUUCACCCGAACAGAAUAUAUUGCAUGGAAAUCAACCUUCAGAACGCACACACUAGUGAGGGACAUCAAAAUAGUUUAAUCUCAGGAGGUGCAUUAAAGCUAACACCUCUAUACAAUAAUAUACCCAUUUUUGGUUUCUGUGGGACCAAGUUAUGUCCUUCGUGUGGUUCAGGAAAGUUUGAUGGCUUUUUUAUUUUCUUUAAACAUUGGACACCAAGAAGACAUGCAAAUUAUAACCUAUUAGUUUGUUUCUCCUUGGUAUCCUACAUAUUGUGGUGAUUCACAGUCCCCUACUUUCUCCUCCCAAUGAGAAUGUAGGCUACGAUAGCCCUACAUAUCUGGUUAUUAAAAAACGAUAGCCCUACAUCUCUAUGACCAUUUACCUCUCUUUUGGCCCCUAUCCCAGAGUACCAUGCACAUUGUCUCACCCCUUUCAUUCUGCUGGCGAUUGGUAGUUAAGUGGAUGCACAUUACAUCUAGGACAGGCUUUUUUAUGCUUAUGCAUUUUGUGGACUGUUAAGUGGAUUGCUUAUGCUUUUUUGUGCCUUCCCUGGAUGGUUUUUUUAAUUUUAUUAAACCUUGGACACCAAGAAGACAUGCAAACGAUAACCUAUUAGUUUGUUUCUCCUUGGUAUCCUACAUCUUGUGGUGAUUCAUAGUCCCCUACUUUCUCCUCCUGAUGUGAAUGUAGGCCACGAUAACCCUACAUCUCUAUUUAGUUACUUUUACAGAAGGUACUAAUCGUAAUCUAUGAUCAUUUAAACUUGUUGCUUCUCUUUUGGUCCCUACCCCAGAGUGCCGUGCACAUUAUCUCACCCCUGUCAUGUUGCUUAUGAGUGGCGGUUAAGUGGAUGGACAACACAUCUAGGAUUUGUUUAUUGGAGUGCUGAGGUGGAAAUUAGGAACUUUUUGAUAAACUAAAAACUAUAAGCCAACUUGUACUAGAUGGGAAGAGUUCAGUUGUUCCUUAUUGUCAUAUCCUUGCUGGGUGUUGUUUUCUUGAAUGUUCGUUUGCUUAGAAUAGCUUGUGGAUUCUCUUUAUUCUGUUUAGAGGCGAAUUUAUUUGUAUUUGGUUACCCGUUGACUGCUACUUCUUCUGUUAAACUAAGCUUGUAUUUUGUUAUUAAAAAACGAUAGCCCUACAUCUCUAUGACCAUUUACCUCUCUUUUGGCCCCUACCCCAGAGUACCAUGCACAUUGUCUCACCCCUUUCAUUCUGCUGGCGAUUGGCAGUUAAGUGGAUGCACAUCACAUCUAGGACAGGCUUUUUUAUGCUUAUGCAUUUUGUGGACUGUUAAGUGGAUUGCUUAUGCUUUUUUGUGCCUUCCCUGGAUGGUUUUUUAAAUUUUAUUAAACCUUGGACACCAAGAAGACAUGCAAACGAUAACCUAUUAGUUUGUUUCUCCUUGGUAUCCUACAUCUUGUGGUGAUUCAUAGUCCCCUACUUUCUCCUCCUGAUGAGAAUGUAGGCUACAAUAACCCUACAUCUCUAUUUAGUUACUUUUACAGAAGGUACUAAUUGUAAUCUAUGAUCAUUUAAACUUGUUGCUUCUCUUUUGGUGCUUACCCCAGAGUGCCGUGCACAUUAUCUCACCCCUGUCAUGUUGCUUAUGAGUGGCGGUUAAGUGGAUGGACAACACAUCUAGGAUUUGUUUAUUGGAGUGCUGAGGUGGAAAUUAGGAACUUUUUGAUAGACUAAAAACUAUAAGCCAAAAUGUACUAGAUGGGAAGAGUUCAGUUGUUCCUUAUUGUCAUAUCCUUGCUGGGUGUUGUUUUCUUGAAUGUUCGUUUGCUUAGAAUAGCUUGUGGAUUCUCUUUAUUUUGUUUAGAGGCGAAUUUAUUUGUAUUUGGUUACCCGUUGACUGCUACUUCUUCUGUUAAACUAAGCUUGUCUACACAUUCCUAAUAUAGUAAUAUACUACAUUCAUGUGGUAGGACAGUAAUACCCAUAAUAAAAUUCAAAAAAUACUAUCUUAUCUUAUCCUAUAAACUUUCUGUAGCUACUCAAGCUCAAUGAAUAUAGACAUGUUCUGAAUUUAGACAAAAUAUAACUUCAUUGAUUCUCUCGACUUUGUAUACUCAUUUAUGGUUUGUUGUUCAAGAAGAGGUCACAUUUGUUCAGAAAGAUAACAAUAAGUUGGAUGGCCUACCAGUGGAAGCCAACAAUGUGUCCACCUUUUUUUUUUAAUCAAGUAAAGGUAGGAAAACAAGUGCAAAUUAUAACUUAUAGUCUAUCUCUUCUUGGUGACUUCUGGUGAUUCAUAGUCCUUUCUUUCUCCUUCUAAUGAGAUAGGAGGCUAUGAUCGCGGUAAAUCUCUGUUGGGCAUACGUUUCCGGAGGUUCUAAGCUCUGGUCAUUUAUGCUUUGACCUUUCUCCUUGCCUCCAACCCGAGGCACCAUUACACAUCAUCUCAUCCCUUGCCUUCUGUAUCUCUUACGAUGAGCGUUCACUGGGUGGAAAGCGAAUGAAGGAUUUGCUGAGUCGGAGUUGUAAUGUUGAAGGUGUGAAGUUUUGAUAGACUAGAAGAUAGAACUACAUUAGUAUUAGGCGGGGAGAGUUGUUUCUGUAGCAGGAAUUGGAAGUAUUUCUAAUUGAGUAAUUAUUUUGGAAGUCCGUCCACCUAGAAAGGCUUGUGUGUUUUCUUUGUGAGUGUGUUUUCUGUGGUGAUGCUUUCUAGUCAUUUCUGAAUGUUUCUCUCUUUAUACAUUUCUUUAUAUUUGUUUCAUCCUCACAGAAACCUAAGAAACUUAGAUUUCUAUCUCUUCUAAUGUUUUUUCCUUUUUGGUUGUCCACAGUUCACUUUCUUGUUAACAUUGUUUCACAACCAGUUUGACAUGAAUUAGUAUAUUUUCCAGAUGUGCUCUGGGGUGUUGGUUUUGGCUGCUGUUGUGGCCUUGUGGGACUCUAACUAUUUUUCAAUAUUUAUCGUCUUUUAUUUGGUCAACCAAAUAGUUUAUCAUUAAAAUAGGAGAACUGUUUUAGAAAGUUUUAAUAUUUUCAAUCUACAGUAUCGAGGAUACCUUGGCUUCCAUUUCUGCCCUACAGUUCUCCAAACUUUUGAAGAUAAUCUUCCACAAUGAGCAAUAGGAUGGAGUGAAAAGGAUAUAGGAUAAAAAAAGAUAUAUGACACAUUCUCUUCCCUUCGUGAAAGAAUUUGGCUGUAUAAGUUUUAUAAAACAGCAGUAUAGUGGAUUAUAUUUAUCAAUCUACAUCAGUAAAAGCUAGAAAAUUCCUGUCUUGGCGGGGAGACUUUCCUGAAUCACAAAGCGUUGAAACUUCAAAGACAUUAUUCCCAUCAUUGCUACUUUUUUUGAUAGACAAGGGAAAUCCUUUCCCCAUGUAACUCAAAAAAUAUUUGUACUUCACAAAAUUUGCUGUGAUUGCAUAGCAAGAUGGAUAGCUCACAUCAAAUCCCCUAUAGUCUGGUAAAAAAUGAUUACGGAAUAUAUUGAGUGAUUGUUUGCUGUAUAUUGUUGCCCUACAACAUGUGAGUGAUGAACAUUUUCCUUCAAAGUUGAAAAGGAGGCUACACUCACUCACACAUCCUCUUUGCGCCGCUGCAUAAUUUUGUGGAAUAUGGAAUAGCUGUAGGAAUUCUUUGCUUUUCCAAUUUGUGGGUCUUUUGUUCGCACAAUGCAAUUGGACAAAAAGGAAUGCAGAAAAUAUCAAGUGAUUAUUUGUUGUAUCCUGUUUUCCUACAAUAUAGGAGUGACGAACAGUCUCCUUCUUCAAAGUGGAAAAGAAGGCUACAAUCACUCGGACAGCCUCUUACUGUUAUCUUUUGGAAUAUGCGGUAAAAAUCGUUUGCAUUUCCAUUCUGGGAGUAUUUUGUUCAUACCGUACAAUUGGACAAAAGGAUUACAGAAAAUACGGAGUGAUUGUUUGCUGUAUCCAGUUGUCCUAUAAAGUUGGGUGAUGAACAGUCUCCUUCUUCAAAGUGGAAAAGGAGGCUACAGUCACUCGCACAUCCUUUUAGCUUGCUGCUGUGGUUAAUUUUUGUUUUGUUUCACUACUUUAUGUACAUGUUCCUAGUUUUAUGGGGUACUUGGUCAGAAUUUUUGCUCUGAAGCACGAUAUCAGACAUUACUUACAUGUUCGAGCCCAAGUGGUGACAAAAUGAGUGUGUUGAGAACACCUCAUCCACGGGGACUAUAAUCACCAACAUUAAAACCUCCCAAGGUUCAGACAUACAAAAAUGCAGCAACCAACACCACAACCCCACACAGCGGCGGGACCAGGAGCUUCAGGGGCAGAGUCCAGCCAGGCGAAUGGAGAUGCGCCGCCAAAGCAGGUGGCAAUGGCACUGGAGCGGCUGGGGCAGGCGAGUAGACUCAUAGCUGAUAUCAGACUUGGCGCAGAUCGGCUUCUGGAAGCCCUAUUUGUGGCAGCUCAGCCACAACACUCUUCUAAACCUUUGCAUCUUAUCCUCAAAGAAGAAGCUUCUAUGAGACAACACCUACAAGACCUUCGCUCUGUUGGAAGGCAGUUGGAAGAUUCUGGUGUCCUCAAUGAUUCCCUUCGAUCACGAAGUAAUUCGUGGGGCCUCCACAUGCCCUUGGUUUGUCCCGAUGGUGCUGUUGUUGCAUAUGCAUGGAAGAGACAACUUGCUGGUCAGGCUGGUGCAUCUGCAGUUGAUAGGACUAGGUUAGCCCUCAAGGCCUUUAAUGAUCAGAAACGACGAUUUUUCCCACACCUUGAUACCAAUGCUGGUGAGGAGGGUGCUACAAAGAAACUUUGUGGUCCUCCAUCAAGUGAUCAAGAAGAAACUUGGGAACCGAAAACAGUGUCUGAAGUUCUGACACAUCUGAAAAUGGAGGUUCCAAAUGUAACAACUUUCUCCUACCAGCGUUUGGAUUGGUUAAAGCGGUCUACCUCAUUGCCCUCUUCGACCAGUGAAAAUUCUAUUGAAUUAUCGAAAGAUAAUACUUUCCAAAGCACGACAACGUUAAGACAAGGAUCAUCUGAUGAUGUUGUUCCAGACAAGGUUGCUAUAAUCGAGUUGUUGAUACCUUCUGUUUUUAGAGCCAUAGUAUCAGUUUCCCCUGCUGGUUCAUUGGAUCCUGAUGCUCUAGCUUUCUUCUCGCCAGAUGAGGGUGGUAGCUAUGUACAUGCGAGGGGAUUUUCUGUUCAUCAUGUAUUUAGGUACAUCACGGAGCAUGCUGCUAUGGCUUUACAGCAUUUUACAGGUGUCGAUACCGAGACAGCCUUGCUUUCUUUGCUGCUCUGGGUCUGCAGCUACCAAACUUUGUUCUCAAAAGUAUGCAGCAAGUGUAGCCGGCUACUAUCAAUGGACAAAGAGUCUGCAAUGCUACUGCCUCCUGUGUAUCGCCCUUACCGGAAUUUUUGUGCUGGAAAAUUCUUGUCAAAGUCUGUCUCAAAAGACGACAUAAGUGUGGAUUCUACUCAGAGUUUUCAUAUCGACUGCUUUUCUGAGGAAGCAUAGAAAAUCAGCCUUCUGAUACCUGAUCUGGAACAUUGCACAAAGAAAUUCAGAAUCUGUAGGCUUUGAACAAUUUGGACCUCUUCCCAACCAGAUAGUAGCAGCUUUUGUACUUUCUUCUCAUAGUAGCAGCAUUUGUACUUAGUUUUCCUGCGUUUAAGUUCCUUUCUCUUGUUGGAAAAGUGUAGCUUUUACUCCCCUUCUGACCAUGCCUGAUCUUGAAGAUUGUACCAAGAAAUGUCAAAUUUAUAAUUUUUUUACAAUUUGGACCUCUCUUCAACCAAAAAAGAAAAGGACCUCAUCCACUUUGGUUAUAA